AUGAUACCAUUAAACGCUCCGCUUCCACUACAGAAUGGGCAAUCACUCUCGACGAUGGCCUCAUUCACCACCGAUCACUUCAGCGCUACGAAUUCAUCGUGGAAUAGCAAUCAUGAGAUCGCCCGUUUGUUAUAUUCCGCCCCAAGUCAUCCGGAAUGGAUAACACAACAAGUGGCUAUUCGACCUCAAACCGGUGCGCAGUAUAUGUUUUGUCGGUUUGAUGGUAAUUGGUUCAAGAUGGACGGAUACGAGUGGAAGAAGCGUCGGGAAGGCAAGCAAAUACGCGAGGAUCAUAUGAAGUUAAAGGUGAAUAAGCAAGAAAUCCUUUCUGCAAAUUAUGCGCACUCGUCUGUCGUCCCAACGUUUCACAGAAGAGUUUACUGGCUGACAAAUAAUCCCGACUACGCCCUUGUGCACUACCUUAACACUGAAACUGAGCUCAACAUAAAGAACAUUAUGGACAAGAUACUGGCAUGUGUAAAGCUAAACAGUCUGAAUCUUGGUCAGCAACAGCUCCUCGAUCAGGUUGCACCAAUAUAUGCUAAUAUGCUAAAUCAACAAGACAUCGCAUGUAUCUGUGAAAAGUUGGGCAGUGUACUACGGUUUUCUCCGUCUUGUAACAAUGAGGGCAAUGACUGGAAGGCGCAACUGGGAAUAAAUACGGCAGUUGCGACCCCUCGAAGUCAACCUAUGUCGAACCAUGGGUCUUCGCACCAGCUGGAACGACGUAAUUCGUGCAGCUCGGCCUUUCGUCCAGGUUUGUCUUCACUGAUCUUGCGAAGGCAGCCCUCGACAUUUAGCGAUUCAGUGGACGUCACCUAUGGAGGUGCGCCGGCUCUGAACAAUAUGAUGGAUGGGAUGCCGGUAAAAGAAACCCUCACUGGGUACUCUGUUGAUGGUCGUUCGCACUCCGGAGAGACGCAACGUAGCAGUAAUCAGGAUGAAGACAUGUCGAUAAGUCUUCAGCCAUCUCAGCCUGCUUCGCAUUCGUCACAUAUGCAGGAUAAUCAGCCAUCCACUUGUCUCGCACCCAUUACAGAUAUCACGCCUAAUAGUGGAUGUGUGAAGGGUGGCACUAAGGUAUUGGUGAUUGGCGGAUGGUACAUGAAGGGUCAUGAUUAUACUGUAAUGUUCGGUGAGCGGCGUAUACCAGCAAGACUGAUACAAGUCGGAGUGCGUCCGUAUUGUACCCCA